UAUUUGCCUCCCGCUCCGCUAAGAUCAUCAUUAUUUCUCUACCUAACUACUUGUAUACUUAUGGACAAGUGUUCUUAAUUCACUUGGUUAAGCCGGCCCAUUGGGCAAUUUAUGUCGCCAUUCGGCCGUAUCUACUCAUGCUUCUGCACAGCUGCUAAACGGCGACGGGAUAAGACAGGAUCUCGCGGCGAGACACUCCAAAGCAGAUCGCGAUGCAUGGGUGACAUGUACGACCACCCUUGGCCUGGCGGCGAGUGGCGCCGAAUCGGUUUCUUCCGCUCCCACCGCAAUCUGCGCCAUCUUUACACAGAGGCACUUUCCAGCUGUUGUCAACUCAGUUGAGGGGGUUGGUGCUGAAGGGACUCAAGAGGUGGGACACGCUUGUUGACAGUCAGACGGGCAAGGAUGACAUGAAGGAAAUCAGGACUAGAUUGAAUCUAGACUCGGCGUUUCUGCUGCUAUGGUAGGAGAAUCCCGAUCCUGCCUGCAAUACGUCCAGGGCAGUGUUCAAAUCCAACCCUCCUCCUGCGCCACGCUGUCGCCAACAUUCAUGAUAUAUUUGUCGGCGAUUCACCUCCAACUGUCCUCCGUCUAUUUAUACAACACUGCAUCCUAAAUAUCGUGUGACAGACACUACGCACUCCCGUGCACUCAUUUAGCUGCGUCAUCUUGAGUCUGGACUGACAAAUCAAUUGGUUCCCGCCUCCCAUACGACAACCGCGAAGAUGAGAAUGCCGAAGGGUCUCGAGUCUUCGCACGCUUCGGCUCUGAGGGAUCAACUAGAAAAGCUUCGAGAAUUGCAGUAUCCCGGUGCAGAUCUUGCUUUGGAUGGCGAUAGUCUUGACGUCGCUACUGUAGUCGCUGUUGCUCGUCAUGGACUUACACCUCACGUCAAGAACGACCCGGAAAUCCAGAAGAGGAUUCUCCAGAGCAUCCGGGUCCUUGACCACCACAUCGAUAGCGGGUGGGUUGUGUACGGCGUUAACACGGGUUUUGGCGGGAGUGCCGACUCACGGACGGAGCAACUCAAGAAACUCCAAAUCUCGUUGCUACAGCACACGCAGAGCGCAAUCAUCACCGCCUCGGACUUGGCACGGGGCCAGGUCGACCAAGAUGGACAAUCACACGUCAUCCCCUCCGCCUGGGUGAAGGCCGCCAUGGUCGUCAGAGCCAACCAGAACCUUCGGGGUCACAGUGCCGUCAGGAUCGCGGUUGUCGAAACCCUCCUCAGCCUGAUCCAACACGACAUCACACCCAUGGUGCCCCUGCGAGGAACCAUCUCGGCGUCUGGAGAUUUAAUGCCUCUAUCCUACAUUGCAGGAACACUGGUCGGAGACCCCAAUAUUUCGGUCACCGUCGGAUCAGGCGAUGACAGGAAGGUCAUGCCCGCCUGCGAUGCCUUGAAGCAAUGCGGCAUCCAGCCCGUUGAACUGCAGCCGAAGGAGGGUCUUGGCUUGAUCAACGGAACUGCUCCCUCUGCCGCAUUGGCUAGCCUGGUCAUUCAUGAAGCGAAUCAACUUGCAGUAAUCGCACAGGCGCUGACGGCAUUCACUGCUGAUUGUCUUCUCGGGAACGUUGAGUGGGCAAACGAGUUCAUACACAGGAUCCGACCCCACACCGGACAGGUGGAAGCAGCACGCAACAUUCGAAGUUUCCUUCAGUCGUCGAGCUUCGUGGUUGGUCUCGACACCAAGAAGCGGACUGGACAGGGCCUGUGGCAAGAUAGGUAUUCGACAAGGACGGCACCGCAGUGGAUAGGCCCCUACCUCGAGGAUCUUGCUCUUGCGCAACGCCAGGUUGAGGUGGAACUCAACUCGACAUCCGACAACCCAGUCAUUGAUAUCGGCAUACACAACGACCAUGCCGCUGGGGAAAUUUACUCCGGAGGCAACUUUCAGGCAACUGCCAUCACUUCUGCCAUGGAUAAGACAAGAACGGCGCUCCAGAUGAUCGGCCGCAUGCUCUUUUCGCAGUGCUCAGAGUUAAUCAACCCAGCGACGAACAACGGCCUCGAUCCAAAUCUGGUCUUUGGAGACCCCGAUGAAUCUUACACCAUGAAGGGCAUUGACGUCAACAUGGGCGCUUACAUGUCGGAACUGGCAUCUCUUGCCCAUCCCGUCUCUUCUCAUAUUCAGUCAGCAGAGAUGCACAAUCAAGGCAUCAACUCCCUCGCUUUCCUCUCAGGCCGGCGGACCAUGGAAGCUGUCGACGUCCUCUCACACAUGUGCGCCGCUCACCUGUUCGUCUGCUGCCAGGCAGCUGACUUGCGUGAUUACCACGAAAGAUUUCUCAGUUCGACGUCCAUGUCCGCGAUUCUGAAUGGAAACAAGUUAGGAUUGAGCAGUGUUCAUCUGACGAAGUUGACCUUCGGUCUGGAUGACUUGAUUCGGAGUUGGUGGUAUGAAGCAAACAAGCUCAGUCAUGUGCGGCGCUGCUCAUUUGUGGCGUCCAAAGUCACAUCUCACGUCAUGGAUCUCGUCAUGCAUGGAACAAUCGACUUCGUGUCAGUCAAGUCUGUUCUUGAUGUUCAAGAAAAGCUUCGUCAAAGUAUGGAGGCAUGGUUGGAAGACCCAUCCAACAACCCCACGACUAAAGAGUCCACAUCGGUAGACAUUGAUGCUGUGCAUCUCGAAGGGCUGGGCCAGGGGUCAGCACUCCUGUUCGGCAUUGUCCGUGGCAAACUGGGGCUUCCGUUCCAUCAGGGUCUCAGGGAAGUGCAGAGCAGCACUAUCGGCCGCAGUGUCUCCCAGAUCUACGAGGCAAUACGACAGGGCGUUGUCGUUCCUGUGCUGAUGCCUUGCCUUGAGGCAGAUGGACAGUCUCUGUCAGCGAGAGAAGGAACCCCAGCUAGCAGCGAUGCCAGCACCGGUUCGGUCAAUGGUACGGGAAGCGUCUGAGACGUUAGUUGUGAAGCGGAUGACAUGGCGUGCAACCAGCCCGGGGCGAAGUGCUGUUAUGGAAAUAUUCAGUUCGACUGACCAAAAGUAUCCCUAGCUUGAUUCCGCCUUGGUUCAAUCCUAAUAACCACCACUCGUGUGACAUCUUUCGAGGCAUACAUUGCAACGCAUCCACCACCUGUUGGUCAUUCGUGAGUGAAGCUUCUCAUGACGUACGCACCCCCUAAGUGUGAUACACACAGUAUGUAAAAAGAAAGGCGAAACGAAACAGCACGCAUAAAGAAAACAAGCCAACCAUGGAAAAGAAGUUUGAAGCGAGAGGCAGUAUAAAAAAUGUUGCAAAAAUCG